AUGGGGUGGGAGGCCCGACCCUUCUCCCCAAAACGCUCUGGCCCAGCUCAGAAAGGCUCCAUAGAGAGGAACCAAUGGAGCCGAGGCCCCCUGAAGCCAGAGGAUUCCAUGCUUCCUGCAGCCGUCAGGUGCUCCUGGCCACUGGUCAUCCCAUCCAGCCCUGCUCUCUGUCUCCACCCCCGACCCCCACCCCAGACCGACCCCCACCCCGAACCUGACCAUUUCCUCCCCACUCCAACCCCCUCCUGCCCCUGCUACCUAUGGAUCUUAGGAAUUGAGGAGUGUCCCAUCUUUGGAGCUGAAAACUGA